AUGAAGGUCACGUUCCGAGAUCUGAAGCAACAGAAGUUCGUCCUCGAGGUCGAACCCACCUACCUGAUCUCGGCUGUCAAGGAAAAAAUCUCCGCAGAGAAGGGGUGGGACCCUAAGCACCAGAAGCUCAUUUAUUCCGGCAAAAUUCUGAAGGAUGAUGAGACCGUCGCUUCUUACAACAUCGAGGAGAAGGGCUUUGUCGUCUGCAUGGUGAACAAGGCAUGUUUGUUUUCGAGUCAAUUGCGCCGCUGCUUUAACCAAACUGGAAGGCUAACAUAUCUUCAGCCCAAGGAGAAACCAGCCCCUACCGCUGAGUCUUCAGCUGCUGCUGCUCCUCCAGCCACACCCGCACAGCCUGUUGCCAGUACUCCUGCUGUUCCAGCUGCACCCGCUCAGUCCUCCACUACUCAGUCCGCCGCCCCGGCCACGCCAACUCCGCAACGUUCUGGAGAAGCUGGGGGGGAGACAGGCUCAGGCUUGGCUAUGGGUGCUGAGCGUGCUGAAGCCAUUACCAACAUGGAGGCCAUGGGAUUUGAGAGGAGUCAGAUCGAGGCCGCCAUGCGCGCUGCCUUCAACAACCCUGACCGUGCGGUUGAAUAUCUCUUGAAUGGCAUUCCUGAGAACAUUCAACAAGAACAACAUGCUCGCCAGGCUGCCGCAGCUGGACCGACGCAGGCCGCCCCUGCCGCUCAAGAGGGCGGAGAGGAUGAUGGUGGUGUCAAUCUCUUCGAUCUUGCCGCUCAGGCUGGUGGUGGUCGCGGAGGAAGUGGUAGUGGCAACGCGGCUGCUGCUGCUGCGACUGCAACCCAGGGUGGUGCAGAUCUGAGCAACUUGGAUUUUCUCAGACAUAACCCUCAGUUUCAGCAGCUCCGCCAAGUUGUUCAACAGCAGCCUCAGAUGCUCGAGCCUAUUCUGCAACAGCUUGGCGCCGGUAACCCUCAACUUGCACAGCUGAUUGCCGCCAACCCCGACCAGUUCCUCUCGCUUUUGGGCGAAAGCGCCGACGACGACGUUCCCCUCCCCCCCGGCGCCCAGGCUAUUUCUGUCACAGAAGAAGAGCGGGAUGCUAUUGAGCGGCUGUGUCGUCUUGGUUUUGAUCGUGACCAGGCCAUCCAGGCCUAUUUUGCAUGUGACAAAAACGAAGAACUCGCCGCAAACUUCUUAUUCGACCAACCUGAUGACGAUGAACCGCCUACCAACUAA